AUGAAGUCUGCCUGCUCGCCUGACAUGUGUGAUCUUCUGAUAAAGUUUGGUGCCAUGGAGGAAAAACUGCGAGUUAUUGAAACCAGACUGCAGGACAGUGAAACCAGACUAGAGGACAGUGAAACCAGACUGAAGGACAGUGAUAACCGGCUCAGGAACAGUGAAAACCAGAUCAUGGAUCUGCGAAACAAAGAGAGAACCAAGGUAAUAUUCAGUGCAGCAGUAGGUGGUAGAGGAGCCAUCGGACCAUUCAACACAGAUAAGACUCUAAUUUACAGAGCAGUGAAAACAAACAUCGGUGGAGCCUACAGUCAAUACACAGGUAUCUUCAGUGCACCGGUUGCAGGUGUUUAUUACUUUACCAUCUUCUAUCAUGCUGGAGGAGAGCAUCGGGCAAUACUGUCUGUGUACAAGAACAACCAGCUGAUUGUCACGACCCAUGAUCACAAGUCAAACUCUGACUUCACCGAUAAUGGAGGAAACGCAGUGUUCCUGCAGCUGCAGCGAGGUGACGAGGUGUAUGUCCGCUUGGCUGAAAACUCACAUGUUUGGGGAUAUGACUUCCACACAACUUUCAGUGGUUUUCUGGUCAGUCAAAUAUGA